UCGAAAUUUAAAAACUCUUUGUUCACUUGUGUCUUUGUUUCAAAACUUGCACAAUUACUGUUCCGAAUCUUCUAGAUAGAUGAAAUAACUAUAAUGGUAUAAACCCCAUCUGGAGGUGCUCUUAUUUACAGGAGGCUAAUGCAUAGAAAAAGUUGUACUAGCUAAGCAUUCCUUUCCCCGUACUUUUUUGUCCCCCUUAAAUGGCACAGGUUUCGGCUCAGAAAUGUUCACUGUGUGAUGAACAGAAUGGGGCAUACUAUUGUUAUGAAUGUCAGCAAUCUUUAUGCACAAUAUGUUGCAAAAAGCACGGUAAAAUUCCAUCUUUAAGAGGACACACAGUCGCAGAUAUUAAUACAAUAGAUCUUUCAACUGUCAACAAAAAGUCUCAGUGUACAGAACAUGAGAAAGAGUUCCUGUUCUACUGCGUUCAAUGCGAUGCUUUUAUAUGUAGUCUUUGUGUUACAUCUACACAUAUAACACACCGCUUCUCACAAAUAACCGAAAUUGUAGUAAAGGAAAGAGAAAAGGCAAAAGAAAAUAUUGAAGAAUUAAAAUUGAAAAUUGACGAAAUAGCAAGCCUGCAAGAAAAAAUCAAGACACAUCACUAUGAACAACUCCGUGUAAAGAGCAAACAAUGUAUUGAACACAUUGAAUCUGUCAGCAAAGAUCUUCAGUCCUGUAUAGAAUCAAAGAAAAUUAUCAAAGCAACUGAAGUCCAGGACAAUGAAAAGAAUGAGCAAGAAAAUUUAAAAGCAUUUCUUGACAGCACAGACUCAGUUCAGAAGCAAUACUCACAAAUAUUAUCAGAGCUUGAGAACGUUUUGUUGGAGAGACAUGAUGUGACAUUUUAUUCAAGUUAUAAAUCAAUUGAUCGUGAUAUUCAAAUAUUGGUAAAAAUACCUGAAGAACCCAGUGAGGCACAAAUUCCAUUUUUUGAAGAAAAAUUCUUGUACCAAGAAGUUCUGGAAUAUAUGGAAUCAAAGAUUGGAAACAGCCUAUGUCAAAACUGUUCUGUUCAGAAGAUAAAGAUAGAAGAUUUACAGUCAGAAAACAAACAGUGCCAGGAAACUCUUCAAAGAGCUCUAGAAACCCAAGAAAGGGAACUGAUAAGGUUAUCAGAAGAUAUUAAAGUUCUGAAGCAAGAAAAGCAAACUAUGCAGUCACAGUACAAAGUUUCAGUAUACCAGAAAGAUGCUGAGAAUAAAAAGCUUUCAGAAAUAGUUGAAAAUUUGAAAAAGAAAAGUGACCGAUUGCUACAAUCAACAAAGAGAACAGAAAAUCCUGUAUCCUGCGAUAAAUGUGGAGAUAUAUUACAUUCAGAUCGUGAACUUUCUAUGCAUAAACACUGGAAUUGUAUUUAUCGUUGAAAUCUAGAUUCUAAUACAGAAGACAUUCAUUGAUACAUGAAUUGACUAUAAAACGAUCACCAAUCCAGAACAAUAAUUAAAUACUAUUAUAAUCUUCAAGUGUAAUUAAAAAAUAAAUCAAGCUUUUAAGGUGCCAUCAACUGUCAAUGAAAGCAUGUAAGGUAAUGUUUUGAUGUCAAAAAAACGCAAUGAUACCUGUGUUCAACUGUUUGUUUUAUAUUGCAUUAUUUGUAUGGUGCUUUGAUUCAUAGGAACAAUUGUUAUGUUCAAAUAUAAUAAAGUUCUAUAAAGAUG